AUGUCGGGGUUAACAGAGGAUCCUAUCUUGAUGAAAAGCGACGGAUGGCCGACGUAUCACCUUGCCAGUGUAGUGGACGACACAGAGAUGCAUAUCUCGCAUGUGCUGCGAGGAGAAGAGUGGAUUCCUUCGAUGCCAAAGCACCUGGCUCUGUAUGAAGCUUUAGGUGUGCAGACACCACAAUUUGCGCAUUUGCCGCUUCUUAUUAAUGCUGAUGGGACUAAGCUUUCGAAGCGUUCUGGCGACGUGCGUGUAGAGGAUUACUGGAGACAGGGCUGGGAACCCGAAACUCUUGUUAAUCUUGUUGCAUUAACUGGAUACAGCCACCAAGAUGUGAAAAGUAUGGACCAAGAUGUCAAGUCUAUGGAACAACUGAUCGAGAACUUUGACCUUGGACGAAUAUCUCACUCUCGAGCAACGCUACCUCUCGGAAAGCUCGGAUUCCUUAAUCGAAAGCAUCUCCAUGCUAAAUUAGAGCAAGCAAGAAAAGAUGCGACAAUGAAAUCUUCAAUAUUAAGUCGUUUGCGCACAGCUCUGGACAGAGAUUUGGGAUCUAGUAGCGUGAGCAAGUUCAGUGAUGAAUACAUUUUGCGUGUGGCUAAUCUCGGCCAACAGCGCGUGGACACGUUGGAUGAUAUUCCUAGGGAAAUGUCUUACUUGUUCCGGGAGCCACAAUGGGACUCAGAGAACUGUCGAAAAUUCCGUGGGAGCGUUUCGACUGAGUCUUUUAGGCAUAUAUUAAAUUCAGUGCAACAAUUUUUUUCCCGAACGAAGGAUGUACAAAGAGAAUGGCCUUCCUGGAUGGAGGGGCAAGCGAAACAAGUAAACGGGGGCAAAGCCGUUGUCCAGAAAAGUGUGAACGUAUGGGGCCUCCCGUCGCUGAAAUUGCUCACCUACUGGGUUUAG